UCCAUAGCGCCAAAUUGAAUUUCAAAAUGGCGGCAUCCUAGUCGUUUUUUUCACGAUGUAUUUUUCUAGCGAAAUUGAUGGAUUUUACUUGCGUCUAUCAAAUGUUUGUCUCUGUUUCAACCUAGAAGAUGAUGCAGUUCGUCUGGGAACAGUGUACCUGGAAUGGACCAGGACUUAUUGUUUCAAAAUAUAGAUAAGUAUACCUGACUCUCAACAUGGCGUCCAACAUCCGCGCCCGGCGCGUUGGCGAGCCGUCUCUUGUGCAGCGGGGGCCAUCGCCGGAGAGAUAUGGCGGGUCACUAACAGCCAUGAGUUCAGCAUGGAAGCAGCUGGGACAGGCCAAGUCUGUGCUAAGGCGGGCAGAGAACAGGAUCGAAGAUGCAGAGCAUUUCAAGAUGGACGCCAGCCGCAACGGUACGGACGAUGGGGCGGGGAGGUACAUGUUACCGGGCGGAGUCAGCCUGUCGUCACGGCGAUACGACAGGGAGCCUAGCGACAGGAGCGUGCUGAUGGACCGCAUCCCGUCCUACCAGAUCACCACGGGGUACCCGGAGAGCACAACGGACUACCGGAGCAGAGACAGGUACUCACGGGAUCGACCUGAAGUAACCCCUGCACCCAGGAAAGUCAGCAGGAUGGAUGGGAAGUACACAGACCACCUUUACCAACCUACGGGUAGAACGAGCUAUACUGCCGCUGGGCUGACCUCUGACCUGACCUCUGACCUGACCCGACCUUCGCGGGAGUACCGAUCUCGCAGCCCAGUCGGAAUCCCUGACCCCAUCCGAGACAGGUCGAAACGCGUGGAAUUCCGCGACCCUCUCGAAUCUUACCGCUCUGCGGUCGAUCCCAAAUCCUCCCUACAUGGCAGUUCCGAGGACAUUCUCGCGGGAAAUAGCGCAUACGGAACGACAACAAACAUGGCCGACGCGUACGCCCCGACAUACACGGUAACGGACCUUUCCAGAAGCACCAGAGAAGGUCACGCUGACUCGAGCGUCGUGGAUUCGAGCACGGACGUUAAGGUUCUGAACGACACGUCAGCUCGAGUUGGCGUGGAACAAGGCGCGGGUUUGUUAGACGGGGAGACGACGUCACCUUCACGAGCGAACCACUCGGGCGCUCUUUUCUCCUCUGCGAGAGACAGAAUACGUGCUGACGACAGAUACAACGCGGAAUCCGGGACAGCAGAACCAAGAACGACAUCAGACAGGUUUCCCACAGACUACAGCCGAGGGAUUUCCAACGUUACGAGUCUUUUGAACGACAGACCGGACAUCGGGAGCCCGGUAGCGCAGAGCACACAGAAGAGUCCGUCAGCAGAGAAGCCGGACGAGAUGUCGGCAGAGGCGCUGACGAGAACGAAAAGUCCCGUGCGGAAGUUUGAGGUGGUACAGAGGAAGAAGAAAGAGCUGGGAGGGUCAGAUGGACUGGAGAAACUGAAGGAGAGAAUCAGGAAACAGAGGAAAGAAGCGGGUGCGGAGGAUGUAGGGGCUAUCCCCACCGGUAGAGUGCGCUCCACGGAGCAGGAGGACCUGUCGGCCCGGCGGCUGCACUCCGCAGAGGAACCUGUGGCAUCCAGGGGGGACCUGCCCUACAGGUCAGAGGUCAGGUCAGAGGUCACACCCAGGAUCAGGAAGAUCAAGUCUGCUCCUCCUCCACCUGAGUACAAAGGGUUCAGUACAGCGGCCACCAAGUACCGCACCCAGGAUGGCAAGGUCGUCACGGAAACGGAGCUGGCCGAGCAGCAGGGCAAAGGUCAGACUGGGGGUAAAGGUCAUGGGAGCAGGGAGGCAGCGGCACCGCCACCAAGGAAAGAGAAAACGAAGGCUAAGACCCGCCCCGCGCCCCGCCCUGCCUCCGCCCCAGCACCCAAGUCCCCCAAACCCCAGAGGAAGUUGGGAGCUCCACAGGCAGCCAAAACCACCCGGCCAUCCAAGAAAGGCAUCAUUACAACAUCAGCGUGGCGCGAGGGCCAGAAGGCAGCGCUGAAAGUGUUGGGUCCUCCCCCAAAGCUGCCCAAACGGUCCUACUCACCUCCCACCAAGGACACUCCGACAUCCACCGCUUCUGAGUCCAGCUCGGUGCCAGGCAGGAAGGCUGGAGAUAAAGACGAUAAAACCAUCGCUAGUGACAAAGACAUGUCAUCAGAUGAUGAUCUAUCCCAGCAUCCUCUAGAGGACCUAUCCCAGCAUCCCGCGGCAGCGAUGGAUGAUGGGAAGGCCCCCAACACGGAGGUCCUGUCGAGGGAGGCCAGAGGAGUGUUCGAUGACCUACAGCUGGACAAGUCAGAUGAUGAGGACUCAAGCACGCUAAAAUCAGAGCAGCCCGCGGCACCAGACAGACCCGCGGCGCAGAGCAAACCCGCGGCACAGAGCAAACCCAGCAAGGCUGCAAAAAGGAAGGCACCCAAGGCUUCUCCUGUGAAAGAAUCGGAGCUUCCUGCCACAAAGCUGCGUCACUACGACCACAGCGAGGUCCGGCGCUACAUGAACAAGAAGCGCAACGAGCGCCAGCGGAAGCUGAAGGAACAGAGAGACGCGCAGAAGAAAGCCGAGGAGGAAAAGCUGAAGAUGUUGGAGGAGCUGGAUAAGAAGCGGAGAGAGGGAUGGAGGGAGCAUGUGAGGGAGGAGAGGAGGGCAAAGCCGAAGGGCAGCACGUUUGUGAAACCCCCCGGGAGGGAAGUGGACCUGCCCAAACGGCACCCUUUUCACGAGGACAGGAGACCUGUGUUACGACCCACAGCUAGUGAGGAGUCAGACAAGGAGAACGCAGGCCGCCGUGCGGAGCGCCCCUGGAGCGGCUCCAGUGCUUCUGUGUCCAGCGAAGAUAGGACACCUGUGGUCACACCUGACUCUGACAGGUCCCCAGAGCACACAGCUGCUGUUCCAUCCAGACCAUCAGCACCAACUGCAUCCUCUGUUACCACGACAACUGUUCCCCCGGCAACCACCGUCCCCUCCAUUUCCAUCCGGGGAAUCCCCUCCAGAACAGAGGCCGCCGCCCAGCCCGAUCGACCAAUCAGCUUCCACGACGCGUACAUCGAGCAGCUCCACGGGAAACAGCCGGACCUGUCGGCACGGUCGGGCGUGUCAUCGCUAGGCAACGGUGGUUAUGAUGUGGGGGGUUCCCGUUCGCGUCCGUAUAGCUCGACGUACUCGAGAUACCCUGUCGGAGGUUACCGGAGUUCAUCUGGUCGGAGUAAAGCGGAGCGUAUCGCGGCACUCCAGGCCACGGCAGAGUCACUUCAGGACAGGAUCGAGACGGAGGCUCGGCGGAUUGUCGAAGGGCUCGAGGGGGGAAAGGAAGCUGUUGUGUAA